CGGUGCUCUAUAUAAAAAGGCGACCUGGUCAUCCCGUCAUUAAAACACUGAASGGGACAUCUGAGACACCUCAAAAAGACAGCGGGGGGAUCGUUAUUGGAAUGGCGAAAUUGCAUAUUUUCCUUGGAUAUAUCGUAUUAAUAACGACACUCAGUGUGAGCUGUGGAACUCCAUAUGCCAGUCGGAAUGUUCAAGAGUUGGAAAAUCUGAAGGACCUGAUCCAYCGGCUCGAGGACAAGUUCACCGUUAACGAGGAAAAUUACGCUUAUCCAUCUGAGUCUGAGGAUGUGGACACAGCUGAGAUGGAGGACAUUGAGAACUCGCCCACGGCGAUCCGGGGGCAGGAAGAGAGAAUGAUCAUGAACGCACCCAACAGAAUUGCCCCUGAAAGCCCUGUGGUGUCACGCCUGAAAGAUCUCAUCGGUUUGACAAAAACGGCCAAAUCGUUCAACAGCUGUUUCGGUAAUCGGAUUGAGAGAAUCGGCUCGUGGAGCGGACUGGGGUGCAAUAACGUCAAGACUGGUAACAAGAAGAGAAUAUUUGGGAACUGAAGAACAAUGUAGGCUACCCAUUCAUGGACAUCACGAAACUGCGUCAUGUCUGACCUCUGUGGAAAUCUCCUUUCCAUUAUGGAGAAUUCAUUUUUUCCCUGUCAAAUAAUAUAUAUAAUAAUAAACUAACAUAUAUUAAAUCAUUUUGAUAUUAAAACAUACAAAAUGAAAUCUCUUAAUUUCAGUGUUGGCUUGUUUCUAGACUUGGUCAGUGAGAAUUAGACAUAUGCAUAUUUGAUUUCUACUACGAAAAAGGAAUAUAUGAUUGCUAAUUGCACUCCAGAAAUAGCCGAUAUAACGCAUUUGUUAUGUUGGACGCCUGUACAGUUUUGUUCACUUGUGUGUAUAAAAUCAAUGUAUAUGUUUGAUGAUGUUGGGAGACGGUAUUAUUUAUAAUAAACUAUAAGAAUA